AUAUGCUGCCUUUGCAAGAUGGAAAGAAGCUAAUGCCAAAAAGGCAUAUUAUUCAAUAUUUGAGAUAGACGUGCUGUGAAGACAAUGGCUUCAAAGGUGUCCUGUUUAUAUGUUUUGACAGUUGUGUGUUGGGCCAGCGCUCUUUGGUACUUGAGUGUAACUCGUCCUACUUCUUCCUAUACUGGCUCCAAGCCAUUCAGUCACCUAACUGUUGCCAGGAAAAACUUCACCUUUGGCAAUAUAAGAACUCGACCUAUAAACCCACAUUCUUUUGAAUUUCUUAUAAAUGAGCCCAACAAAUGUGAGAAAAACAUUCCUUUCCUUGUUAUCCUGAUCAGCACUACCCAUAAGGAGUUUGAUGCCCGCCAGGCAAUCCGAGAGACAUGGGGAGAUGAGAAUAACUUUAAAGGGAUCAAGAUAGCCACUCUAUUCCUCCUGGGCAAGAACGCUGAUCCUGUUCUGAAUCAGAUGGUAGAACAAGAGAGCCAAAUCUUCCAUGACAUUAUCGUGGAGGACUUCAUUGACUCCUACCAUAACCUUACCCUCAAAACAUUAAUGGGAAUGAGAUGGGUGGCCACUUUUUGUUCAAAAGCCAAGUAUGUCAUGAAAACAGACAGUGACAUUUUUGUAAACAUGGACAACCUUAUUUAUAAACUACUAAAGCCCACCACCAAGCCAAGGAGAAGAUAUUUUACUGGCUAUGUCAUCAAUGGAGGGCCGAUCCGGGAUGUCCGUAGUAAAUGGUAUAUGCCCAGGGAUUUGUACCCUGAUAGUAACUACCCACCAUUCUGUUCGGGCACUGGCUAUAUCUUUUCAGCCGAUGUGGCUGAACUCAUUUACAAGACCUCACUCCACACACGCCUGCUUCACCUUGAAGAUGUCUAUGUGGGGCUGUGUCUUCGAAAGCUGGGCAUACAUCCUUUCCAGAACAGUGGCUUCAAUCACUGGAAGAUGGCCUACAGUUUGUGUAGGUAUCGCCGAGUUAUCACUGUACAUCAGAUCUCUCCAGAAGAAAUGCACAGAAUCUGGAAUGACAUGUCAAGCAAGAAACAUCUCCGAUGUUAGGAUUUUUACCAAUGUAAAUACGUUUCUUUUCUUUUUUAAGAAAUGGGGCCUAAGAUGUUGGUAUUUUACAAGUGUCACCAGGGGAAAUGAACCAGAGAAGGGGUUUUGUAAAAAGUUUUUCUUCCUACUCUCAGUACCUUUCUUUGAUGACCAAUUUACAAAUAUUAUGCUCUGGUCAUAGAAACAACACAUGAGCUAGAAGGGCCGGAUGUCAUUCGAAGGUCCUACAGCAUUACCAUUGCCAUUUAUCUCAAAAAGCAAGUUCCAAACAACUCUUAGGAUUUUCAUAAUCAGGUACUGUGCACCUAAGAUAAAAAUCUGGGUCUGAGAAACUGAAACUCACAGUAAGGUCUUCAUAUCAUUUCUACAAAAAAUAUAAAAAGUAACACUUUAAAAAUAUUCAGAAAUGAUGCAGUCAGGAAGACACACCAGAUAUGAUUACUAAUAUUGUGUAUGUUAUUGUUGCAUUGAGUUUUUACAUAUAUUGCCAUGUCAUAUGUGCAGUAUUAGUGCUUCCACCAGAAAUGAACUUAGUACUGGUGGGGACACUGCAGUUAAAUAGAUGGAAAUUUAAACUUGAGAAUCAAAUAUUCUUUAUGUUUGGGAGACAACUCUGCUUGCUCAUCCAAGGAGUAAACCUGGUCAGUAGGUGGAAUGUAUAUAAAUGCUACUUAACAAAAUAAACAAGAAGGUUUUUGUUUCUGUUUUCUUGUUCUUUCAGAAAAAAAAUAUUACAUGGUGCCUCCAUGGAGACUUUGCCAAAUGUAAUCUCACUUGCUUUCCUCCAUACAGUGUCACUAAGUGCAUUUCACAGUUCUGGAGCAU